UACACAAGAGGCACCGUGACAGCCUUCUCUCCUUUUGAUGCCAGAGCUGAUGCAGAAGCCCUUCGUAAGGCCAUGAAGGGAAUGGGGACUGAUGAAGAAACUGUUCUGAAGAUUCUUACCAGCAGAAACAAUGCUCAGCGUCAAGAAAUUGCAUCUGCCUUUAAAACCUUAUUUGGCAGGGAUCUUGUAGAUGACCUGAAAUCGGAGCUUACCGGCAAAUUUGAAACUUUGAUGGUAUCUUUGAUGAGACCAGCGUAUAUUUUUGAUGCUCAUGCACUGAAGCAUGCCAUCAAGGGAGCAGGAACCAAUGAGAAAGUGUUGACUGAAAUUCUUGCCUCCAGAACACCUGCGGAAGUACGGAAUAUUAAACAAGUUUAUCUGCAAGAGUAUGAGGCCGACUUGGAGGAUAAGAUCACAGGAGAAACCUCAGGCUACUUUCAGAGACUGCUGGUGGUCCUGCUGCAGGCAAAUAGAGACCCUGAUGGCAGAGUUGAUGAAGGUCUUGUUGAGCAGGAUGCUCAGGUUUUGUUUAGAGCUGGGGAGCUGAAAUGGGGCACAGAUGAAGAAAAGUUCAUCACCAUCUUGGGAACCCGAAGCGUUUCCCAUUUAAGGAGGGUGUUUGACAAGUACAUGACCAUUUCUGGCUUUCAAAUUGAAGAGACCAUUGACCGUGAAACCUCUGGUGAUUUGGAGAAGCUGCUUUUGGCAGUUGUGAAAUGCAUCCGAAGCGUGCCUGCCUAUUUUGCCGAGACUCUGUAUUAUUCCAUGAAGGGGGCUGGCACUGAUGAUGACACCCUGAUCAGGGUCAUGGUGUCGAGAAGUGAAGUCGAUCUGUUGGAUAUUAGACAAGAAUUCAGAAAGAACUUUGCAAAAUCCUUGCACCAUGUGAUUCAGAAAGAUACAUCUGGGGACUACAGGAAAGCACUCCUGCUCCUCUGUGGUGGAGAUGAUGAGUAAUGGGGAGCGCCCCACGAAGGAUUUGGUGUACUCCAGCUUUGCAGCCCUUCAGUUAGCAUGUCUAGCUAAAUUUUUGUAUCUCAGUGCUUUGUGGCUGUUUGAAUUUAUACUCGUAUUGCACUUAUUAAAAAAGAGCAUAUUGUUAUCGAAGCGAUAGCUGGUCCCACCUCUUCCUGACAUCCCAACUUCCAGGUAUUUCAAGUGCCUUCCGUGGGUAUGCGAGGUUUGUCUUUGUGGAAGAUGGGUGCUGAGCACAGAACC